AUGACAUCUCAGACUUCACUUUCUCGUUUAAUUCAAUUAGUUGAAGAGCAAAAACUUGAUGCAAUUAAUGGAACAGUUCAUGUAUGGGCUGAUCCAAGUUCUCAACAACAAGUUCGCCAAGCAACAACCAAAAUCGGAUCAAUAAUUCAUGAUCCUUCAUAUUUCACUAUUCAUAAAAUAGUACCAAAUAGACCUCAAAAUGACAUUGCUCAAGAGAUGGCACAGUGUUUUCCAAGAAUAAUUGUUUGUGCUUUAUGUAAUACUCAAUAUGAGGAUCCAAGAAGGUGGGUAAAUGAAGUCUAUCCAACGUAUAUAGACAAAAUCCCAUAUGCUGAAUUUUACUGGUGCAAUGUUCAAAUUGCAAAUGAAAUUGAAAGGGAAUUUUUAGAUAAAAAUCAGAUUCUUGCAAAUCCUACUGUUGUUGUAUUCAAAAUGGGCCAUCUUAUCGAUAAAUUUGUCCCUUCUAUCUACGAAGCUGCCCAGGAAGUUGUUGAACUUACAAAUCCAUUGUUACCUUCAGAAGGACCGAAGAGAGACCUCGGAGAUGUUCUUGCUAAGACAUCAGCAGGCUAUGAUCCAGGUCGCGCAGCAUUUGAAGAAAGAGAAUAUAAGAAGAAAGUUGCUGAAGAGCAAAACAAGAGAAUACAAGAGCUCUUAGAGAGAAAGUGUAUAAAGGAAAAGAUUGCUGCACAAAGAACAACAAUCCUCCCAAUAUAA